GUUGUCAGUCCAACGUAUCUGGUGGAGAUAUAAACAAAGAAUGAAAAGAGCUACAAGCUUCGGAAGAUAUCUUCCUCUUCUAUGGGGGACCCAACCACCCUUGUGAAAAGCGAUAAGAUUUCUGUGCCUAAUAACCACUCUGUUCUUUUCACAACCACUGGUUGCCUAAAUAAGAAAUACUUUCUAAUCUUCCAAGAGACUCCUCCCACCUCUACACCAAAUUGUAUCUUCUUUACAAUUAAAUAAUCAUAUCAUAUUUCAUCACACACACACACACACACACACACAAAAGACCAACAGACAUGACUGAACUGAAAGAGGAUCAAGAAGAUCAGAAUCAGCAGCCACAAAGGCGGCUCUGUGAUUUCUGCGGUGAAAAUACUGCACUUUUAUACUGUAGAGCAGAUUCUGCUAAGCUCUGUUUUAGCUGUGACCGUGAAGUUCAUUCCACUAAUCAGCUUUUCACUAAGCAUACACGUUGGCUGCUCUGUGAUUCUUGUGAUUCAUCUCCAGCUUCUAUAUUGUGUUGUACGGACAGUUGUGUUUUCUGUCAGAAUUGUGAUUGGGAAUCUCAUAAUCUGUCCCUUUCACCUGCUCAUGAAAGGAGACCACUUGAAGGUUUUACAGGGUGUCCUUGUGUAUCUGAAUUGUUGUCAAUUCUUGGAUUUGAAGAUUUGGGGAAGAAGGCUCUUUCGUAUGGGGACUCUGUUACUUCAGAUGGAGGAGGAUAUGGUUUCUCAGAUUGGCUUGUCUGGGAUACUCCUUCUGUUGUUAGUCUUGAUGAUUUGAUUGCUCCUAAUGAUUCUGCACAUAAUUUUCAAGCUAUUGGGGUUCCUCCUCUGCCCAAGAACCGAAAUGCUGCAUGUGGGAAACACAAGGAAGAAAUACUUAGUCAGCUUCGUGAACUAUCAAAGCUGGAACCAAAUUCUAGUGAUGAUCAAGAUGAUAUUGUAGCAUUUCAGUUCAUGGAACCUGCCCAAAAUCGUCAUUUGGGAUUUAAAGGUUCAGGAUUUAUGCAGAAUUCAGAGCACGCUGUAGUUCCUUCCUCUGAGGGAAGUGCCUUUAACUGGUGCAGUGAUACUGGAGAAUUCACAGAUCAAGGCUUUUCUUCUUCUUUAGCAGAUUGCUUCAUUGAAACAAAGUGUUUACUUCCCGACAGAGAUUCAGAUGUUGGUGAUGCUUCUGGUGGAGCAAAUGAAGAACAAUCUCAUAAUCCUUCCAUUGCUGAAACAUUCCAAAUGGUACCUAAAGUUGCUCAUCGUGAGUUAAACAGCCAAGAAAGAGAAACUGCUGUCUCACGGUACAAGGAGAAAAAGAAAACAAGGAGGUAUAGACACUCGCUUUUUCAUUCUGUGUUUAGUCCUUUCAAAUUUCAAGUCUGUGGUGUAUCAGUGUAUAGGCCUCCUGUGAUGUUCAAGUCUAAAUAUUCUAAAUUUCUUAUUGCUAUCUUUUAAAUGUUUUGCAUAUUAGGUGUUAGCUUACUGGGUAAGGGUUAUUUGCACCUGAUAUGUUCUGUUUAAACUGUUAGAGUUCCGGUCCAACAAAUAGGCAAGACACUUUACAUACCUGAACGAUAUAAUUUGUUUGUGGUUGUUUGUUCUUGAUGUAACACUGUCGGCAUCUCUCAAUCAUCGAAUGGCUAUAGUUCCUUUCCAAAUUGUGGUACUAUAGUUCCAUCGGAGCCAUUCACUAUAUUAUAGGAUGGACGAUUUGGGGGCAUAGAAUGUUAUAUAUCUGAUCUUCAGAUAAUCAUAAUUACCAACUUAUCCUCAGAGAACAAGUAAUGAAGAAGAAAAGUGGCAAUCUGAAAAGGAGCAGAAAGUUAUCGAAAAAGACUACUAAGCUUGUUUGGCACUUUGAAAUUAAUUGUGAAUAGAUGUUUAUAAAUCCUGUGUUCAACAAGUUCCUGAUGAUGUCAAUAAUGUCCUAUAUAGCUCCAUAUUUAGUGCUACAUUGACUAGAUUCUGUGACAUUGCUUUCAUUCCACAAGACAUGUACUACACUCAAAUUAUCUUUUUAGAGCACAUCCAAGCGCGCUUUCUUUAUGACAAUGUAAAACUCAAUCUUGCAUCCAAAGUAUGAUUUAUCUACGAUCCUGUUGUUCAAAAAGUCAAAAUAGGAGAUGCUUUAUGAUGGGCUCUUAAGACAUUAUGGACCAGUUAUUGUUCAUUCUGUCUUGAUUGGUGUUGUCUUUUUAUUAACUAUCAUGUUUCUUGACUGAGAUGUUUUCAUCAAGAUAUGAGAAGCAUAUUAGGUACGUGUCAAGGAAGGUUCGGGCAGAAAGUAGGACAAGAAUCAAGGGGCGUUUUGCCAAGAUGGACAUGCAUCAGUAAUGUCAAACCUUCUUUUUCCAAAUAAGGUUGCGGAAGCAAACAAUCCAGGACAUUUUGCCGGUUCAUUUGGUCUGCCGUAAUGAAGGUUUUGUUAGUUUGUGUCAUGUGCAUUGUUCAAAUCUUUUAUCAGCUCUCCGCAUCUAUAGAGGCAAUAGGGAAUCCUUUCUUUCAGCAUGUACCUAUAAUAAUUUGUAAAGAUAAAAGUUGAUAAAUCAUGUAGCUGUGCUAAGAGAAGAAAGAGAAAAGAGUGAGAUUUAGUAUAGAUGUUUUAUCUAUAGCUUGCUGUGGUAUGUAGGCUUUUGCUGUUCAGCUCAUAACUCAUUGAAGUAUCUAAUCAAAUUAGUCCACUUCUGCAUUCUGUGUUUUAAA